GUUGGACAGUUGUGUGACACUGCGACGGUUCCACCAAGGAGGGACAUUCAGCUUCUUUUCACUCCCCCAAGACUCCCUGGGGAAUUAUUGGCGAUACGCAGCGAGAUGCCCCACCGAAAAAAGGAGGCCAUCCCGUAGAUGGCGAAGCAAGCCUGGCUGCUGUGCUGUGUGCACAGGCAUGCAUCCAAUCUCAAUUUACAGCCGCCCCCCGGGCGCCCCUUCCCUCAUUCCCCCCUGCCCCCUGUGGCUGCCGUCCUUCCCGGGAUCUCGACGCCCCUUCCGCCAAGGUACUACUAAUAAUGCUAGUUAGGAGAGCUGAAAACAUGCUGCUGCAGUGCUACGGCUGCACUUUUGGGUGAAGCUUUCCACACUUCCCCCCCCUCCAUAUUCUUUUAUUAACUUGUCCUGAUUGUCUGACGAUCGCAUCCGUCUCUCUCCCUUCAGCCACGACUUUGCCCUUGCAUUACCAAACCCGCCGCUACGGUCUCGAAUGGCGGGGUAGACGCGUACUAAUUAGUUUGCGGAAACGCUAGCCUCACCUGGGAGAAGCAGAGAACGGCGGGAAUUGGAAAGCAGCAGAAUCGGAUCAGAUGCAUUUCCUCGUUUGACAUUUUGCGCGCUUUCCCUUCCCCUCACUCGUUUCUUGGGGGCGCCGCAACCAUA